AUGUGGUCUAUAGUAACAGAUCCCAUUAGAACUCUUAUUUCAAGAGUUGUGAAACAUUCCAUCCAUCCUGAUUUCCAUGAUGCAGUCUCCAAAAUGUCCAUCAUAGAUGCCUUUCUCUUCUUUAUUAUACAUUCCAUUGACAAGUUGGGAAUAUGGCACCGUUUGCCUGUAUUCUUAGGGCUAUUGUAUUUAGCCAUAAGGCGUCAUCUUCAUCAAGAAUACAAUCUCUUAAACGUUGGGACAACACCUGUUGGAAUUAGGUCAAAUCCAUCUGAUUUUCCAUAUAGAACUGCUGAUGGAAGUUAUAAUGAUCCUUUUAAUGAUGGUGCUGGAAGUCAAGGAUCUUUCUUUGGCAGAAAUAUUCUUCCUGUGGAUCAGAAGAACAAGUUGUUGAAGCCAGAUCCAAUGGUGGUGGCCACAAAACUUUUAGAAAGGAAAACGUACAAGGACACUGGAAAACAAUUCAAUGUGAUAGCAGCUUCUUGGAUUCAAUUUAUGAUACAUGAUUGGAUUGAUCAUAUGGAGGACACUAAGCAGGUUGAACUGAGUGCACCACGUGAGGUUGCAAAUCAAUGUCCAUUGAAAUCUUUCAAGUUCUUUAAAACAAAAGAAAUCCCAACUGGCUUCUAUGAUAUCAAGACUGGACAUGCCAACAUUCGUACACCUUGGUGGGAUGGAAGUGUGAUAUAUGGAAGCAAUCAAGAAGUUUUGAACAAAGUGAGGACUUUCAAAGAUGGGAAGUUAAAAAUAUCAAAGGAAGGUCAUCUUCUUCAUAAUGAAGAUGGAACUGCUAUUUCAGGUGACAUUCGCAACAGUUGGGCUGGUGUCACAACUUUGCAAACCCUUUUUGUUCAAGAACACAAUGCUGUUUGUGAUGCUCUCAAGAAGGAAAAUCCAGACUUGAAAGAUGAAGAUCUUUAUCGCCAUGCUAGAUUGGUGACUUCAGCUGUGAUUGCAAAGAUUCAUACCAUAGAUUGGACUGUCGAGCUUCUCAAAACUGACACUUUGCUAGCAGCUAUGAGAGCCAAUUGGUAUGGAUUAUUAGGAAAGAAAUUCAAGGAUACUUUUGGACAUGUUGGAGGAGCCAUCUUGGGUGGAUUGGUGGGUUUGAAGAGAUCAGAAAAUCAUGGUGUUCCAUACUCUUUAACUGAAGAAUUUACCACUGUCUAUAGAAUGCAUCCACUUCUGCCUGAUUCUCUGCAUUUGAGAGACAUAUCUGCCUCUCCUGGACAAAACAAAUCUCCACCAUUAAUAAAAAAGGUUCCUAUGAAUGAUUUGAUUGGACUACAAGGAGAAAAGACCUUGUUGGAGAUAGGUAAUGCAAAACAAUUAGUAUCAAUGGGUCACCAAGCUUGUGGAGCCCUAGAACUAUGGAACUAUCCAUCAUGGCUUAGAAACCUAAUACCACAUAACAUAGAUGGCACAGAAAGAUCUGAUCAUGUGGACUUAGCUGCUCUUGAAAUUUAUAGGGAUAGAGAGAGGAAUGUAGCAAGAUAUAACCAAUUCAGAAGAGGACUAUUGUUGAUACCUAUUUCUAAAUGGGAAGAUUUAACAGAUGAUAAGGAAACUAUUAAAGUAUUGAAAGAGGUAUAUGGAAAUGAUGUUGAGGAGCUUGAUGUGCUAGUAGGUCUCAUGGCAGAGAAGAAGAUAAAGGGUUUUGCAAUUAGUGAGACAGCUUUUGUGAUAUUCCUUCUCAUGGCAUCUAGGAGACUAGAGGCUGAUAGAUUUUUUACAAGCAACUUCAAUGAGGAGACAUACACCAAAAAGGGUUUGGAAUGGGUAAACACAACUGAAAGCUUAAAGGAUGUGAUUGAUCGUCACCAUCCAGAAAUGACACACAAAUGGUUAAACUCUUCAAGUGCUUUCUCUGUUUGGGAUUCACCUCCAAACAAACACAAUCAUAUUCCACUUUACUUUCGUGUUCCUAAUUAA